AUGCAAUUCCGAUAUCUUGUGCAGUUGCCACGCGUUGACGAGGACGAUCUGAAGCGUAUCUCAAGCACAUUAGCUGAGUUCCACACCAAAAAGGAUGCGAUCAUUGCUGCUGGGGCUCGCCGGGGGAGUGGCAAUAGAGUCAUCAACAACUGGUAUAUACCCAAGCUGGAACUGAUGCAAAGCAUCGUUGCCAGCAUUCGCAACUCUGGCAUCAUAGGACAAUGGUCUGCUGAUGUUACUGAACAUGCUCACAUCACCGAGGUAAAAGAUCCCGCAAGAUCAACUAAUAACAACAACUACGACCCUCAGAUUUGCCGAUAUCUUGAUUGUGCCGAAAAGUGUCGUCGAUUUGAGCUCGCUACUGGCAUUUUAGAUUGCGGGGAGAGUGUUGGGAAGCUUGAAGAUUUAGAUCCUGAUGAUGAAGAUACCAAUGUCAACGAUGCUGAUGUGCAAGAUAUCUUCAUCAGCGCAACACAAUCACGCCCAAUCACGAACUAUUUUGAAAUUUCUAAGCUGCUCCAGCGCCGAGAAUUGGCCAUUGCUGAUUUCCUCCAAUGGGAGGCAACUUAUGGACAUGCACACGUUCAUGUGAUAGGCAGUCCUAGAAAGGCUGGGCCUACCGCUAUCCUUCCAUUUGACAAAAUUCAAGUCUGGUUCAAAAUUCGUGUGCAAGAGAUGGAGCUAUAUGAUGCUCACACUGUUAGAUCAGCUCAGACGCUGAAUUGUGCACCGCCCAACAACCCCUGGACCCUAGGCCAUUAUGAUACGAGCAUCUUCAAGACUGACACAAGCCACACAUGGCCUAACAGUGGUCUUUCUGGUCACACAGUUGCCCAGAUUAGACUUAUCAUGCGACCUAUUGGUAAGAGCAGCACACAAUGGUCAUGGAAAGACCAAUUUCUCACCUAUGUCCAACAUUUCGACAUCUUGAACGAUCGAGAUCCAACUAUGCAGCUGCAUCUGCUCAAGCGAGCCAAGCGUUCAAAUGGGAACCGAAUGGGAGAUGUCAUACCUGUCUCUCAAAUGAGGGCCCCCAUCAACCUAAUCCCGCGCUUUGGCGCUAUUGCAGAUGUCCGUUUAACAGCAUACAACAGCAUGGAGCAUGCCACGGAGUUUUGGUUGAACGAGUUUUGGGACAAAACCACAUUCUUCGCGCUAUCACGGUGA